AUGUAUAAGGUUGAGCCUAUGCUUCCCAGUGAUAUCUUCUCACUGGACUGGGUGAAUUUGGACGAGAAGUCCGAAAGCUUUCCAUUAAGCUAUUAUCUCUAUUAUCUAGUCAACCACGGGGAGGACUGUAUAGUCAUUCCUUCUUUACCAGAAUAUAAAACUUCCUUUACAUAUAAGAGAAAUGUGUGUGCAUAUAUGAUAGGGAAGUUGGAGGAGAAGGAUGGGUUUAUAAACGCGCAUAUCUCUGCAGUCUCAGUUGCCCCCUCUUAUAGAAAAAAUCGUUUCGGAAGGCUGUGCAUGAGUGUUAUAGAAAAAAGCGGAGAUGUCUACAAUGCGCAUUUUGCCGACUUAUACGUUAGAGAGGGAAACAUAACAGCGAUUGAAUUCUACAAAAAAUUAGGAUAUGCUGUUUAUAGAAAGGUAUUCAAUUAUUAUGUCGACGGGGAUGGAGAAAAUGCUCUUGAUAUGAGAAAAUCACUGAAGAUGGACAGGAACAAGGUAUGUAUGGCGAGGGGGGCAGACAUUCAAGCUUCCGAACUAAAAUAA